AUUUUUUUCUUAGUUUCGCCACUAUUAUAAGCAUAAAAAACGACCACCCCGCGACCGCUAAAUCUUACGGCGUAGCAUCCGCCGUGGACUGCUGUUUGCAUCCUUCAUCUGUCUCGACUCCUAUCGCAAUCAUUGCCAAACAUGAGAAAUGAAACAUUUGUGCAAUGGGACUGGAUGCUUUUACCAGUAUACUCUACUUCCACUAUGACACCCAACAGAGGACUCAGGGAUUGACGCAAACAUCACUCCCACUGAUGGCCUGGACCACGUAAUUUUCAGCUGGCCUGCUGAAGCCAUGGGGAGCUGCUGGAGCUGUCUAUACAGAGACACUAUCCAAGACAACCAUCCCAACAAAUUCAAGGUGACUAAUGUGGAUGAUGAGGGAAAUCAGUUGGGCUCAGGAACAAUGGAGCUCACACAGACAGAGCUCAUUCUGCACACACGCAAACAUGAUGCCAUCCGGUGGCCGUACCUCUGCCUGCGCCGCUACGGUUAUGAUUCCAACCUCUUCUCUUUCGAGAGUGGCCGCCGUUGCCAGACUGGACAAGGGAUCUUUGCAUUCAAGUGCUCUCGUGCAGAAGAGAUCUUUAAUCUGCUGCAGGAGUUGAUGCAGUGUAACAGCAUCAAUGUGGUGGAGGAGCCUAUGAUCAUGACCGGGCACGCACCAGAGAUGGACAUGCCUCGAACUCCACAGACACCCAAUACCCCUGGAUACCCGAUGCAGGGUUUUCCUAAUGGAUACCCAGGAUACCCAAUCAGUGGAGACUCAUCACAGCCCUCUCUCGCUAACGACCACAGACACAGCCUCAUGGGUCCGGAUAACCAAACCCAUACAUAUGUGAAUACAGUGGGGAUGGAAACUGACCUCUCUAGUCGCCACUGUGUCCACUCCCUGCCGGAAGUACGUCCCUCCACCUACCCGGAAGCCUCAACUACCACCACCAUACGUGGGGGCCCAGUCCAAGGCCAGCCCAGCUUGCACUGCUGCCCCAUGGAUGACCCUCACAAAGACCCUCAGGUCUUCCUCCAACCUGGAGCCCAGGAGGUGAAGUUCAUGUUGGGGCCGAUGCCAGCACAUCGCCGCUUAAUGGAGAGAGACAGAGAGUGCCACGUCACUCACUCGCUUCGAGCACCAGAUGGUAGCUCUGAGACAGAGAGAGAGGAGCCUGUACACAUGUGCAACACUCACUCCUACCACCAUUGCCACCAUCAAAUGCACCGACACCCGAGUAUGGAGCCUUGCCCAGAAAGCCAGCUAACAUAUGAGAAUAUCAAUGGACUCAGAGGGGGACGCAGACAAAGGCUGAGUCCGAGCACCGUGUCUCAGUCAUUGGGCUCCAGCAGUAGUAGCAGCACCACUGGUGAUUCCCGCACAUACGUGCAUCCGCACUCCCUCCCACUCACGCACACGCACCCUUCCUCACUGCCUCCGCAGUCAUAUGUAUGUGACCGGGGAAUGGGGGUCGGGGGUUAUCGUCGCACUGCAUUGCUCAACUAUGAGAACCUUCCAUCGUUACCACCAGUUUGGGAAUACCGUGCACUUCAGCGGGAGGAAGAAGAGGAUCAGGAUGAAGAUGAGGACGAGUAUGAGGAGGAAGAGGAGGAAGAGUAUGAUGAGUACGAGUAUUCAGAAGGACCCGUAACCCCAAACGGAUAUCAUCAGGAAAGUGGUAGAACCAGUGGGACUCAUCGUGACGCUCUGCAGAACUACGUCAACACUGGAAAGAUUCAGCCUCCAACACAUCUUCGUCAUGGUUGCCCUCCCCACCCUCACUCACCUGAGCGGGCCAACCACGUUUUCAACUUCGAUUUCAGACGUCAGCGAGCAGGAGGUGGCAGAGCCACCUGUGAGCAACAUGGCCAUCACCCACCGCCUCCUCCAACUCGCCAGCUCAACUACAUCCAGGUGGACCUGGAGGGUGAGCCCUCUGGUUGCUUGGGACAUGGGGGCGGGGCUCCAGUACCGCAGAGACCGCCUGCCCUUAAACGUGGCAUGGCUGCUGCUGCCGCAGCUCCCUCCUCCCAGCGUGGAGAUUUCUACGCCGUGAUUGACCUAAAGAAGACAGCAGCCAUGUCCAACCUGCAGAAAGCUCUCCCUCGGGACGAUGGCACCUCACGAAAGACACGUCACAACAGCACUGACUUGCCUCUGUGA